AUGGACCACGCUGCGAGGGCAGCAUUCAAGGGAGCGAAGAAAUGCUUCGGCCACCUUGUCCAAGGUCUGGAGAAUGUCAGCUGGGGAGAGUUGCCUAACCACACCAAGAACCACAUCGGAAAGGAUCCGGGAAUGACAAGUCUUCAAGUCAUUCUUGUUGUCGUGGCAUUGACGCCAGGCGUUGUCGCUACGCCUCUGCUAUACACGUUGGGGUUUAGCGGGUUGGGUCCGUUGGCGGGUUCGGCGGCAGCCGCUUUCCAGUCCACCUUCGGCACGAUAGCCGGAUUCAGCACUCUUCAAAGUGCGGCUAUGGCUGGCUAUGGUGCACCAGUCGCGAAUGCAGCCAUAUCCGGCAUGACAGCAGGCUCGGCGCUCUUUGCCGAGCUGCUCGAGAAGCGCACGGUAGGAUAA